AUGAACCAAGAGUACGGGGUCAUGAACCAAGAGUACGGGGUCAUGAACCAAGAGUACGGGGUCAUGAACCAAGAGUACGGGGUCAUGAACCAAGAGUACGGGGUCAUGAACCAAGAACCUCAAUGGCAGGGUGGUUCCCCAGUCAACUUGCUGAUGGACUCCCUGGACUCCCUGCUGAUGGACUCCCUGGACGACCUGGACUCCCUGCUGAUGGUCCAUAACUGUCAGCUGAUCAUAGCUGCGGGUGACCUCAACCAAUACCUCAUACACAGAGGGAUUUUGAUGAACUUUCAUCCUCGAACUUUUUGUGAGCUUUCUAUCUCAUAUAACAGUGGUCUGGAUAAUGGUGGUGAUAGUGGUCUGGAUAAUGGUGGUGAUGGUGGUCUGGAUAAUGGUGAUAGUGGUCUGGAUAAUGGUGGUGAUGGUGGUCUGGAUAAUGGUGAUAGUGGUCUGGAUAAUGGUGGUGAUAGUGGUCUGAAUUAUGGUGGUGAUGGUGGUCUGGAUAAUGGUGAUAGUGGUCUGGAUAAUGGUGGUGAUGGUGGUCUGGAUAAUGGUGAUAGUGGUCUGGAUAAUGGUGGUGAUGGUGGUCUGGAUAAUGGUGAUAGUGGUCUGGAUUAUGGUGGUGAUGGUGUUAGACGUCUGGAUAAUAAUGGUAGUGAUAGUGGUCUGGAUAAUGGUAGUGAUAGUGUUAGACGUCUGGAUAAUAAUGGUAGUGGUGUUAGACGUCUGGAUAAUAAUGGUAGUGGUGUAAUAAUGUGGUGUAAUAAUGGUAAUGGGGGUGAUAGUGGUCUGGAUAAUGGUGGUGAUGGUGAUAGUGGUCUGGAUAAUGGUGAUAGUGGUCUGGAUAAUGGUGAUAGUGGUCUGGAUAAUGGUGGUGAUAGUGGUCCGGAUAAUGGUGAUGAUAGUGGUCUGGAUAAUGGUGAUAGUGGUCUGGAUAAUGGUGGUGGUGAUAGUGGUCUGGAUAAUGGUGAUAGUGGUCUGGAUAAUGGUGGUGAUGGUGGUCUGGAUAAUGGUGAUAGUGGUCUGGAUAAUGGUGGUGAUAGUGGUCUGGAUAAUGGUGAUAGUGGUCUGGAUAAUGGUGAUAGUGGUCUGGAUAAUGGUGAUAGUGGUCUGGAUAAUGGUGAUAGUGGUCUGGAUAAUGGUGAUAGUGGUCUGGAUAAUGGUGAUAGUGGUCUGGAUAAUGGUGAUAUUGGUCUGGAUAAUGGUGGUGAUAGUGGUCUGGAUAAUGGUGGUAACAGUGGUCUGGAUAAUAGCGGUGCUGGUGUUAGACGUCUGGAUAAUGGUGGUGAUAGUGGUCUGGAUAAUGGUGGUCUGGAAAAUGGUGAUGAUAGUGGUCUGGAUAAUGGUGAUGAUUGUGAUCUGGAUAAUGGUGGUGGUGAUAGUGGAAUCGAACCCGGGGCCUUAGGACUAUAA